UCCAAGUGAUGGUGAGGGGCACGUUAGCAUCCAAGGAACCACCGAGUGGGUAUGUGAUUGCAUUCUCCCCGUUGGCCCCCUGUGCGAAGGCCCCGAUCGCGCCUGUUAGGACAGAUAGUGUUACUGGAAGUAGUGAUAGAUAACGCAUCUUGGAUUUUGUUUUUAAAGGAAUGGACGCCAAAAGCGAAGGAAAUGAUUACGGAAGGAAAGAAAGAAAAGAAGAUUAGCCGGCGAUUCAAGGGAGUGGCCAGGAAACAAAUAUGAGGGGAGACGAAAAGGGAUCAAAGAGGGGGGGACAGUGUGGUUUUAUUCCAUUGUCGUAGCCUAUGGUCUCUGUAAUCCUGCUAUUCUCAGCCCUGUUGAUUGAAGUUGCGUUCAACCACAUGGGGAAGGGGGGGAGGCCUGGGGACAUGAAUUUGUCCAGAUGCAGCCGGUGGGUGAUACCAUGGCCGUAACUUAGGGGUCACAAUAUGCAGAUCCGGAAUGGGUUUGGGAGCGGACUAGCAACUUUACUCGAGUACUGUACGAGUACUCGAGUACUCGUACAGUGCUAGUACAGCGGAGUACCAGGUACCGGUAUUCCGAAAGUCUGAAGGAUGAUUGACCUGUGCGACAUGGGAAGGGUCGUCUGCAGGGGAAAGCAGGUACAGUACCGUACUGUACAUAUUCUGCGUAAAUCAGCAACAAUCCCCCCGUGGUUCACGCCCACAACUCGCCUCUAUAUUCUCAAUGGUGCGCAGUGGAUUAAUGUACUCGAGGACCGAUGCGGUUGUGCCUGGUGCUCCUUGCCAACCCUGUCGAGUGCUCGACCAAUCAGCAAGUCUGAGAUCCUUACUUGUGGACAUAUACUUGGAUGGAAGGGGGGGAGAAUGUUUCAACCCCCAAUCCCGGUAAGCUGGGGAAAAUGACGAGGCACCGAUAUUGCUGCUGAGCACAGUACUUGUACCGGUACUGUGCGCGUACACGAGUACAAACCCACCAGCGAAGGUUGCUGUGCGUGCCCGCACUACCGGUAAGUUGGAAAUCUGAUGAACGAGUCAGCCUUUUGCAGUUCCAGAAACACCAUUGCAGCAUCUAUUUUCAAUGGGCGUUGCUGCCUUACCACUUGAUGGACCCCUACAAUACAUGCUAUCCCGCCGAAUCCCGCAAUUGGGUGCGAAACGCUGGAUACCAGACCCAAAAUGACAAGUGCUUUGGUGUCAGAAAAUGUGAUACCGGUAGAAUGCGAGCGCCAUGACUGCAGGGUCACUUCGAUGACCUGCCUUUUGCUCCCAAGCCACGCACGUUUAUCGCGAGGGUCAAACCAUGUAUGGUGUUGGUGGUCAGUGCUUACUCUAGGGGGGUCAUGGAAUACUGUACUCGAGUACUAGUACCUGGUACAGAGGUACCGGUAUUGUGUGCAAUUGUUGGAUGCGGAAAGUUCCAGGCUUUUUGACCCCUGUGUGCGAUCAAGACUCGAGAGGACGCGACCGGGUACAAGUAUCACUAACCCCGUGGCUGGACACCACUCGAGUGCUGCGCUCCAGCAACUGUGAUUCGCUCCCGAGCAGGUCUCGAACGGUACGCCUACACAGCGUACGAUACAACACGAUAUGAUACGGUGCUGCGAACUUGCCAAUCAAAAAUAUAUGAGGAGGACUCGGAAAGGAGAAGCGAAGGAUCGAGGGGGGCUACGCUAUGGGAAUCGGGAAGGGGAGGCGAGGCAUCGGGGUCGACGACGACACUCACGGAUUACACAGCGAGCCUGGUCCCGGAUCCCAGAGGAGAAGCGCCAGGUUACCCGACAUCGAAAAGACUUUGGGGUGCAAAUGGCCACGGUUUGCUGGCAGCUGGCACUGUGCUCGAGGACUUGUAUCGUCCUGUACUGCACCGUAUCAGGCCCUAUUCCCGUGAUCUACCGUACUCGAGCACGAGUACAGCACCGCCCGUUUACGAUGCACGAACGCGCGGUCCGGUUCGAUCACAACUGCCGUAUCAAACUAUCGAAGUGUCGGUCGAGGACGAAGCUCGAUUGGCGACGACGCGUCGAGCCUUCAGCACCUUCCUCUUGGUCGUGGGGCACCGGCGGGGGGGAACAAAGGAAUAGUGCCAUUUAUCGCACAGAAUCUGCACUCCUUGCGGGCCGUCUGAAAUCUACCGACUCUUCGGCCCCGGAACGUUGGUCGCCGCUUUGUGCUAGAAUGGUGCGAGUACAGUACAGUACUCUGCUGUCAGCACCGAGCAGGCAAGUGGCGGAAUGUUCGAGAAGAACACCCGAAAUACACGUGCCACGGAUCGCAGGGGUAAACUUGCCAGUUCCUGGAGGUACAGUACUGCACCGUACGGUGCGGUACGAGUACGAGUACUGUACCAUCGCUCAGAACUAUGACCUCUCUCGCACGGAGCGGAGAGCCAUUCGCUUGACGGCUUGGGUUGGUGGAUUUUAUCGCGACGAUGAUUGGGAGAUGGAUAAAUGGGAAAGGCCGAGAUCCACUAUCGCCAUCAAUUCUCCCUUCUUUCUUUCCUUCUUUCCUUCUUUUUCUUCUCUAUUCCUGACCCGGCCAUUGAGGCAGGUGCUCUCCACGUCGGAAAUUGGAACGUCGCUCAAGUGGGCUCAUAGAUCAAGAGUUUAUCACACCCUAGAGAUUGGCGUUUACUGUACCGUACUCGAGCACAGCCCACUGUGUUUUUUUGUUUUUUUUGUUCAAAACGAUAUUAUAUUCUUAUCGUAAGUGAGCGAGAUACAUCAUACCAAAAGCGAUAGGGCGUGGGAUGGUAGAGAGAAAGUAUGCUAAAACCAAACCCUGGCUAGGUUCACUGCUCAAACGAAUCGAGACCCUGCUAUAUAUAUACGAGUGCAGCAUGUGUCGUGUACCAUCGUCAGUCGUGCCCCGCUGUCCUGGAUUUCACUCUCGGAUCCUUCGCUGACCCGGGCAGUUUUCCCAUAGAGAUACCGUGCACCUCACUGCCCCGGAUUUUAUGCAUGUUUCCGGAUCGGAUGGAGAUUUAAAACUUGUACGGUAGCACAUGCUCACGUGGAGAAUAUAUUCGGUGUCGAGCAUUUUCACCCCAUCCUGACCCCGAAACCUGACCACGGCUGUUUUGGGAAGUUGGGGAGUGUCGAUUUCAGGGCGCUUCCGUCGUGGACGGCAGAGGUCGUCUUCUCCUGCAAAGGUGUUAGGCCGAGCUUCCGCAAUGUUGUUGUUGCGCCCCUGUUCCCCUGUUCCCCUGGUGACGUACCGUAUGAGAGAUCUGCGCGCGGCACAACGAGGAGGGCUCGGUGACAGGAGCAGAAAAUCGUAUUUCAUACUGCCGAACUUUGUUGCUCGAUUGUCACUCGGUUUUUCAAUUUCCUUCCUUCCUAAACGGGAUUUUGUCCACCGCUUCUCUCCUCCGGAUGUUUCGCUGUCCCGGAUAGCCGACUCAGGAUUUUGACCAUCUAAGACCGUAGCUUGCCGUCUGUGCGGGGCGAUAGCGUAAUGGCUGUGGUGCGAGUAAAUGGCCAGUUUACCCCUUGCAAUGGAUGGCAUUUCAAAAGUUUUCUUAGGAUUUGCAUCCAAGAUGAGCUCUGUGCUUUGGCGAGGUUUGGUGGGUUAUUUAUUUCUGUACGGAAUUGUUACCGACUCCUAGAAGCGCUAACGUCAGCAGCAGCAGAGUACUGCACUGUACUCUAUCAUACCGUGGUACGGUAGAAGCUCUGCGGGAAAAGGUCUCUUCAUCCUGACUAGCUUAUUUUUAGAAUUGGGAGUGUAGGCUUGCCCGGGUCAACCCCGGUGUUGGCGGGUAAAUAUUCCUAAGGAUCAAUCUAAGAAGAGAUAUCAUUGGAAACCUGGAGUGGCUUCACCUCCAAUCAGCUGUCACUUAAAAUACCGAACUCGGUUGGAUGGUGAUCAAGGUGCUAUGAUACUUCCCCACGGGGCUAAUCAAAACUGUUUAACUAGGUCCUGGAUCAACCGGCCGAACCAAGUUUCCUAUUGCGCCAGUGGUAUUCUUUUUUUGUUCUUUUCAGGAAACCAUAUGGAUCGUGAGAUAUUUAUCCAAGACACAACCCAGAUUGGAUCGAGAGGACAGCAAACAAAUUUAUCCAAUUGACGCACUCUACCCCAGAAAUCCCCAUGCGUUGAGGAACCCUUCUACACACAACCGCCGUUCCUUUUGGAUCCGAAGUUUGCCGCUCAUCGCCCUAGGUCCCUCAGUUAAUGCGAUGGGAAUCCGAAUUGUAGUUGGGGGAAAUGGGUGCCCGUGUCCCAGGCCAGUUCCCCCUCCCCCCUCCCACGCUCCUUUCAGGUCGCGAACGCUG